GCUGCCUGUGACACCCCCCGAAUCCAUCUGCAUUUGCAGCGCCCCCGAGGCUGGGCAUGGAGGUCAUGGCCCCCCCCAUCAUCAACGCCCUGAACGGCUCCUCUGUGAAGCUCUCCUGCACCUUCAACUCCUGCUACAAGGUGGAGAACAAGCAGUUUUCCCUCAACUGGACGUACCAGGAGUGCAGUAACUGCUCGGAGGAGCUGUUCCUGCAGUUCCGCACCAAGAUCAUGAACAAGCAGCUGGAUCGCUUCGGGAACCGCGUGGAGUUCACCGGCAACCCCGCCAAGUACGACGUGUCCUUCACCCUCAAGAACGUGCAGCUGGAGGACGAGGGCACCUACAACUGCUACGUGCUGAACCCCCCGGACCGGCACCGGGGCCACGGCAAGAUCAGCCUGAAGGUGCUCACCCAAGAGCCCCCCAAGCACGACUCGACGGUGGCCGUGAUCGUGGGUGCCUCCGUGGGCGGCUUCCUGGCCGUGGUGAUCCUGGUGCUGAUGGUGGUGAAAUGUGUGCGCCGGAAAAAGCAGCAGAGGCUCAACACGGACGACCAGAAGACGGAGGAGGAAGGGAAGACGGAUGGUGAAGGCAACCCGGACGAGGGCACCAAGUAAAGGCCCCGUGCCCGCCCCUCCCUCCUGCCCCCUGUACAGUGUGACCCUCUUGAUGUGCUUCCAGAGCAAGGAUUUCUGUGUCCCCAGAGCAUCCCUCCUUCCAUGCCAACACCCACCCCAGCCUGGAGCAGGGCGCAGAGAGGAGGUCCCUGGAGCCUGGCUGGGCUGGGCAGGGCUGGGGAGAGGGGCUGAGGCCCUGAGGCUGAGCUGGCACCGGCCUGUCCCUUGCUCUGGGUUGUGCCAGUGUAGUGAGGAGGUGCUGGGGACAGGCUGGGGUGGGUGAGGGGGAUCUGUGCAGCCCCCACAAACAGAGGGGCUGGAGCAGGGGGUG